ACGGCACUGAGGUAGGUCUUGAUCUCAGGUAAAAUGAAUACGUUAUGGUGAUUAUUUGCAAUCACUUCCUUAGCAGCUGCUACUGGGCCAACAUAAUUCAAUAUUGAAACUUUGUCUUGAAAAAUUAAAUCAUCUUGGGUCCUUACCAUAGAAAAUCGUAUUUCAGAAAUGCUGCUUCCCGCACCGUAAAUUGCUCUUACCUGUCUCUCGACUGAUACCAUAGAGCAAAAAAAGGCUUUGAAAUUCUGUUCCCAUCCACCUUGAAUUGCUCGUGAAACUCUGACAGUAGCUCCCUUUGACUGGCAACCGACUCAUGUGCUGCUGGAAAUGAAAAAUGGAAGUGAAAACGGAGAGCAAACAGUUACUUUCCAAGACUUGCGAUGCCCAGCAGGCUUGACGAGAGAAAAACACGAACACCUGAUUUAUCUUUCAGUGUUCAACAUUUUCCUCUCCGUAGUGGCAUGUGUUGGGAAUGUACUGAUUUUAGUCGCCCUUAGCAAAGAAUCUUCUCUUCAUCUGCCGUCUAAACUUUUGUUCCGUUGUUUGGCGACAACCGAUCUCUGUGUUGGAAUCAUUGUAGAACCUCUCAAUAUUGCCUAUAUAAUGACCCUGGUUUAUGAGGACUGGCGUCUCUGUCGGUUCUUAGAAGCCGUCUCAUUUAAGGUGGGCUAUCUCGUGGCGGCAGUUUCUUUACUUACAUUGACUGCAAUAAGCCUAGAUAGACUUCUCGCUCUGUUGCUGGGUUCUAGUUACAGACAAAUUGUAACUUGCAAGAGAACUUAUGUGGUCAUUGCAAGCAUUUGGGUUUAUUCCGGUGUUGCCACAGCAUCAUACCUAAAGAGCUAUCUUAUAACCUUUUGGUGCGGGCGUGUCACCAUAACAUUAUGUGUCAUUAUCUCUAUCAUAUCGUACACAAAGAUCUUUGUUUCUGUUCGGCGGCAACAAAUGCGUGUUCAUUUUACUGUGCAGCAACACGAACAACAACAGUCAAAUCAUUCUUUUUCACUAUACAUGUUACGAUACAGGAAGGCAGUCUAUAGUGCACUAUGGGUUCAAUUAGCAUUAGGUGUUUGUUACUUACCAUACAGUAUUAUGACAAUUUUGAUUGGUGACAGAAGACCACCUCCGUCGUAUUUUCUUGCCUGGUUGACAACGGUGGCUCUGGUUUAUUUUAACUCUUCAUUGAAUCCGCUUCUUUACUGUUGGAAGAUGAGUGAAGUAAGACGAGCAAUGAAAGAGAUAAUAAGAUAUGUAUUUUGUUGUACGUGAAGUUAGAACACUACUUCGUCACCGAGUCUUAUUCUUAGUAAAAUUUUGCAUUAUAAGGAAAGCAAAGAUGCUGAAUGUGACAGUAGAAGAAUAUAUCUCCCUUGGCUAAACUGCGUGUUUGGCUUGCUAGUUCUGUGACUGCCGUAAUUUUUUCCAGAAAGAUCGAAAAGAAGUUAACGAUUUCUUUUUAAAGGGGCUUUCUUCUGUCAAAGCUUA